CUCCUCCAGGAUAGAAGAAGCAUGCGAUAUCUAUGCCCGAGCAGCAAACAUGUUCAAAAUGGCCAAGAACUGGAGUGCUGCGGGGAACGCCUUCUGCCAGGCAGCACAGCUCCACCUGCAGCUGCAGAGCAAGCACGACGCGGCCACCAACUUCGUGGACGCCGGCAAUGCCUUCAAGAAAGCUGACCCGCAAGAGGCCAUUAACUGUUUGAUCAGAGCUAUCGAGAUCUACACAGACAUGGGCCGAUUCACCAUUGCCGCCAAGCAUCACAUAUCGAUAGCGGAGAUCUAUGAGACGGAGCUGGUGGAUAUAGAAAAGGCGAUAGCCCAUUAUGAGCAAGCUGCUGAUUACUACAAAGGGGAAGAAUCCAACAGCUCUGCCAACAAAUGUUUACUGAAAGUGGCCACUUACGCAGCUCAGCUGGAGCAGUACCAGAAAGCCGUCGAGAUCUACGAGCAGGUGGGUACGAAUGCGAUGGACAGUCCCCUGCUAAAGUACAGCGCCAAGGAGUAUUUCUUCAAGGCAGCCCUCUGCCACUUCUGCAUUGACAUGCUCAACGCAAAGCUGGCCAUACAGAAAUACGAAGAGAUGUUCCCAGCCUUCUCGGACUCCAGGGAGUGCAAACUGGUUAAAAAGCUGCUGGAAGCUCAUGAAGAACAGAACAUUGACAGCUACACCGACUCUGUAAAGGAGUAUGAUUCCAUCUCACGGCUGGACCAGUGGCUCACCACCAUGCUCCUCCGUAUCAAGAAAACCAUCCAGGGCGAAGAGGAGGACCUGCGUUAAACCCCAUCCCCCUCCUUCCCUGUCACCGUCAACUCUUUCCUCUGCAGAAGUCUGCAUGGAUAUCUUUGGGGUGGGGAGGGUGGGGCCUGGAGGAGAAGGAUUCAGACUUCAGUGACGUAUUAUCCCUUGUCUCCUAACCCUUUUGCCCCACAACCCAAAGAGCAUAACUUUGUUUAGCAAAGACAGGGCGUGCGGCUGUAACCGCCUGACUCAGCUGCUCUAGAGAUGAUGUAUUGGAGUGACACUAUCUUGUUCCUCCUGGGCCAAACAGAUGAGUUCCUGGUUCACGGAGCUUCCCAACCUGCCUGCGGGCUCCUGCCCAGGUGUGAUGGUUAACACCCUUCCCCAUCCCUCUUGCUCCCUCUUCAGAUAUUUAAUUGUAUAAAAAUUACUAGAUCUUAAACCUGCUUUAGCCCUGACUCGCUUCACGCUGGUUUCAGAAGACAGCACAAAAUCAGUUUGCCUCCUAAUUCCUGCUGUUUAGAACAGAUCCUUUCUCACUGCCCCCUCUCCUGCCCCACACUGUUUGAUGGGAGCAGGUCUUGCCCAUCCCAGGCAGGGAUUUCAGACUCAGUACCAGCAGGAGUGGGGGUGGGGAGAACUUCUUCC